AUGCACUAAUAUAAGAAUAUUGUUAACUUUUGUGUAUGAUUUUUUAACUCUAGUAUAAUAAUAUAAUGUUUUUGUUUUAUAUUCUUUUAGUUUUUUAAUGCACAAUGGAUCUAAACUUUUCCAUCUAUGGUUACUGCCUUGCUGCACCUUGUUAGAUAGUGUCAAAAUAUUUUUAUGGUUUUUAAGGUAUUAUUCUCUGGCUUCAAUGUUCUUUUAGUUUUGAAAACCAAACUUUUAUAUUUUCAGGGUUUCAGCUUUUUAAUUAGCUUCAGCCAUUGUUGGUGGUUUUAAUUAUUUUCUUGUUUUUCUUGAUGGUUUUUAUGUGUUCCACAUGAAUUGGGUCCAUUGUAUUAUUAUUAUGAAGUAAUUGUUUUAGAUAGAGAUAUUAUAAAAAGUUCCUGUUUGGGCAAUUUGAUACAUAAAAACCAAGAAAGUUGACAAAUUUUGUAAUGAGUAUUAUGUGUUUGUUAUAAUGCCCCAUAGAAGAUUUAACUGGCUUAGUUAGUUAGUUUGGCAAUCUUUUGGUCUAAUUUCUAAGCAUCAUAGUGCAGUAACAGUGGGUGAAUUUUUGGUUAGAGGAAUGAGUUUGGUCCACUACUUCUUUUUUUCUAGAUAGAUGUUUUGUUACUGUACAUAGAUGAGAUCUGAAGUAUAGGGCUGUAUAGGGUUAAUUUUCAAGAAAUUUGGACCAUUUUCUUCACUUGGGAUUGGCAUUUCAUUGCUGACACAAAAAGUUAAGUUGUGGGUUCUAAGUUUAGUGGUCACAUAGUAGGAGAAGUUGAGCUUUUUUUUUAGGAGAAUGAGAUCUAUAGAGGAUAAAGGGUGUUAUAAUCAUGGACCAAUUCAGGAGAUUUCAACUAGCAAUGGAGUGAGUUUUGAGUUUCAUAAAGGUGUUAAUGGAGCGAACCGAACUACUCCUUCUCAUCAUCAUAGAACGGCAUUAGGCAAGCCAACGCCGUCUAAAUGGGAUGAUGCGCAAAAAUGGCUUGUCGGGUUUUCAAGAGGAGGAGAUAAAAACCAAUCCAAGCCAAGAAACUCGAAUGCUGAUGAUAGGAGAUUGAUAGCUCCUGUUCCGCAGCAAGAACAAGACUACUCGAGUGGAGAUGAUGACGUUGACGGCACUGUGGAACAAAAUGGAUGUCCUGCUUUGAUGGAAACCAAAAAUAUGGAUUGUGAUGAGUCGAUUUGGAGAAUCAAUAAGCCGGCCGUGAAAAAUUGUGCGGCUGCAUCUGCUGUUAGAUCGAUAUGUGUUAGGGAUAUGGGGACUGAGAUGACUCCUAUUGCUAGCCAAGAGCCUUCAAGAACAGCUACUCCUAUUAGAGCUGGAACUCCAGUUCAAAGGAGCCCGAUUUCUUCAGGAUCGUCCACUCCCGUCAGGUUUCAGCAUGAGCUGCAGUGUCCUGAUGCGGGCUUUACUACCGAAAGCAGAGGUGAAUUGAAUUCUGCAGUGAGAGGGCGCGGAGGAGAAGACCCAAAUAGUUCCUGCAGGAUUCCUGAGAAUAAGAAUCUAGAUGAAGAAAGAAAUGUGAAUUCCUUGGAAACAAGAGCCAUAGCUUGGGAUGAAGCGGAGCGAGCCAAAUAUACCGCAAGGUAUAAGCGAGAAGAUGUGAAGAUACAGGCCUGGGAAAAUCAUGAAAAGAGGAAAGCAGAAAUGGAAAUGAAGAAAAUUGAGGUAAAGGCUGAGAGAACGAAAGCUCGAGCCCAGGAAAAGCUGGCAAGCAAACUCGCUUCAACAAAGAGAAUAGCUGAAGAGAAGCGAGCAAAUGCAGAGGCCAAACUGAAUGAGCAAGCUGUAAGAACAGCCGAAAGGGCAGAUUAUAUACGGAGGACCGGACAUUUGCCCUCUUCGUUCUCCUUUAAAUUACCUUCCUUAUGCUGGUAGUAUGCAUUGCUAAUGCAUUAUAAAUCUAUAUGCAAUAGCAGCAAUACUAUAUAUCAGUAACCAUUCUUAUUCUGUUUUCUUUUAUUAUUUUCUUCAUUUUGAUCGAUCUGCGAGCUUGUGGAUUGUUUUGAUAAGUUAUAUUCUUGAAUUCUUCACAAGUGCAGAAUAAGUUGUCAUAUUGAAUGAUCCUGGCUUGAUCUGAUAUUUAUAUGAUUAAUGGAGUAAAUUAUGAGCA